AUGGAUAGUGAAUAUCGUGUUAUCUUGAAUGUUGGUGGUAUACGACAUGAAACAUACAAACAUACGCUUAAAAAAAUUCCGGCCACACGUUUAAGUCGUUUAACACAAAAUUUGGCUAAUUAUGAUCCGGUCCUUAAUGAAUACUUCUUUGAUCGUCAUCCUGGCGUCUUUGCUCUUAUUUUGAAUUAUUAUCGCACUGGCAAAUUGCAUUAUCCGCUGGAUGUUUGCGGGCCACUUUUUGAGGAAGAAUUAAAGUAUUGGGGUUUGGAUGCUAGUGAAGUUGAGCCAUGUUGUUGGAUGACAUAUACGCAACAUCGUGACACCCAAGAAGUAUUAACCACUCUCGAUAAACUUGAUAUCGAUUUUGAUGAAAAUCAUCUGAAGGAUCCGGAAGAAGUUUAUCGACGAUUUGGUUGGGAAGAUGACUAUCAUAAUCAUUCGCUAUCAAAAUGGCAAAAAUUGAAGCCAAAAAUUUGGCAUUUAUUCGAUGAACCUUACUCAUCCCACGGGGCAAAAAUAAUUGCCAUUGUAUCAGUUUUCUUCCUUAUCAUAGCUAUCUUCGUGUUUUGUCUUAAAACACAUCCCGCUUUACGGGUUGCCGAAUUAGAUGAUAUGCAAAUCAAUAUUACUUCUGGUCGUUAUUAUUAUCCCAUCGGUUUCCCAAACAAAUAUCGUGCCGGAACAAUUGGUAUUGAUAAACAAAAUUCUAAGCCUCAUCCGGGUUUUUUGAUAGUUGAAGCGAUAUGUAAUGUAUGGUUCACAAUAGAAAUAUUAAUUCGAUUUAUAACUUGUCCUAGCAAAAUUAAAUACUUUAAAACGCCGGUGAAUAUAAUAGAUUUAAUAGCUACGCUAACAUUUUAUUUGGAUUUAUUAAUGACAACAUAUGGUUCAACAGCUGAUCUCGAAUUCUUUUCAAUUGUUAGAAUUAUGCGCCUGUUCAAACUGACUCAGCAUUCUAGUGGCCUCAAGAUUCUCAUGCAUACUUUCAGGGCAAGUGCUAAUGAAUUGAUGUUAUUGGUAUUUUUUCUUAUUCUUGGUAUCGUCGUAUUUGCAUCGUUAGUUUAUUAUGCAGAACGAGUUGAAGUAAAUCCUGAAAAUCAGUUUCAAAGUAUCCCAUCGGGUUUAUGGUGGGCUGUAGUAACAAUGACAACGAUUGGUUAUGGUGAUAUGACCCCUCAUACAUAUUUGGGACGUAUCAUUGGUUCAAUGUGUGCACUUGCCGGUGUUUUAACUAUUGCAUUACCCGUUCCCGUGAUAGUUAGCAAUUUUGCUCUAUUUUAUUCUCACACGCAAGCUCGCUCCAAAUUACCCAAAAAGCGUCGCGGUGUUUUAAGUAUUGAUCAAGUGAAACAACAACCAGCUAUGGUACAAAAGCGUGUUCAGGUACUUCGCGAAAAACAACCAGCAAAAGAACCAUUAAUGGUAAAACACAAUGGCCCACCAGAUAGACUGAUAAAAUAA